CGGUCAUUUUCCCUUCCGCCUAGUUCGCCCACGCAAGGAUUUCGGUAAAGAUGGAGCGGGGGGGGCGGCUGCCGCACUGUUUAUUUCCCUCCCCCUUAAAAAAAAAUCAGAAGGUACCACGGGGUGGGGAGCGCGGGGGGAAUUUUUGUUUCUAGGCAAUACAAACACAGCAGGUAUUUUUUUUUUUUUUUUUGGGUACACUGUGGCAGACUGGGGGGGGCAGAGAGGGUAGAGCCGCGUGGCCCCCCCACCAGUGUCACUUUGCCAGGAAGGGGGGGCAAAAUCGAGCUGUGACGGUUGAGACAUUAUUUAUUUUUCACUGUACAGUAUUUAAAAGAGAAUAAAGAACCAAACUCGUACGCAAACGCUGCUGUGUCUUCCCCUCCCUGCACCCCCCCCGGAAAUGUGGCGGGGGGGAGGGCAGAAAAUCACCCCCCACAGACCCCCCCCCCCCUGCAAUCUUCAAUAAAGCCACCGAAAAGAACGGACAUCAGCUCCCCGCCCUUCACUCGCUGCAGAGCGGUCACGGAUUCACGCCCUAAUUUCCCCCUGUCGUUAACCCCCAGCCCCCAAUUUGGCUUCCUUUCCUCAUUAGCCAGUUGGAUUGGGUGGGGGCGGGGGGAAGCAAGCUGGCUGGUUCCUUCCCAAGGCACAUUUCUCCCCCUUCCCCCCCACCCAAGAGCUGGGGGGCUGAUGGUUCUGCCUGCUGGGGGCAGUGGAUUUUCCAGCCUCGGGGGGGGUGCGGGGGUAAGCUGACUGGUUCCUUCCCAUGGCAUGUUCCCCUCCAGCGCUGGGGGCCUGGUGGACCCACGCACUGGGGGGGGGAAGGGGUCAGUGGAUGAGCUCAGUGACAGCCCCUGGGGGGGGUCACUGACCUGUCUCUGGGUGGUGGGGGCCUAAUGUGUUACUUGGUGGGGGGGCCCCAAACAGGAGCAAGGGUAAUUCCUAGGACUGGUCACAGGGGGGAGAUGACGUACUAGGCAGGGACCUGUGGGGAGGGAGGGAAUAUUCAGGGCUGAGCGGGGUGAGGUUCUGCCCCCCUGUCGUAGAGCCGGACUCCUGGGUUCUCUCCCCAGUGCUGGGAGGGGAGUGGGAGAUGGUGGUUCAGAGCAGGGGGGGCUGGGAGCCAGGACUCCUGGGUUCUCUCCCCGGCUCUGGGAUGGGGGUGGGAGCCAGGAUAUGUGUGGGGAGGAGCCUGGUGGGGGUGGGUGGGCCCAUGGUUCCUGGCAGGGAGGCCCACCCCCUGGUGGGCGUGGUCCCAGCCCUGCUAUAUCUGGCUGCCCAGGUGCGGGCGGGCUCAGACGGGGCCGGGCAUGGCCGAGGGGCAGGGUGCGGCGGCAGGGGGCGACCCCCCGGACAAGGUGAAGCGGCCCAUGAACGCCUUCAUGGUGUGGUCCAGCGGGCAGCGCCGGCGCCUGGCACAGGAGCACCCCAAGAUGCACAACUCAGAGAUCUCCAAGCGCCUGGGGGCCGCCUGGCGCCGCCUGCCCGAGGCCGAGAAACGCCCCUUCGUGGAGGAAGCCAAGCGGCUCCGGGCCCGGCACAUGCGGGACUAUCCUGAUUACAAGUACCGACCCCGGCGCAAGGGCCGGGCUCCCGCCAAGGAGCCGCCGCCCCCGGGGGGCCGCCCGCCCCCCCAGCUGCCUGCCACCCGGGCCUGGGGCUACGGCGAGCCCCUGGGCUACCAGCCAGCCCGCUACCCGCCGUGCCCGGCUGCCGCGGGAUACGGGAACGCAGCUGGAGGGUACAGUGGCCUGUCCUAUGGCCCCCCGAUGCCCUACAAGCAAGACCCUGCCCCCCACCCGCCGGGGGUGCUGCCGCCCGACUUCCGCGACAUGAUGGCUGCCUACGGGCUGCAGGCCUGCGACGUGGGUGAGGGCUUCCCGCCGCUGCCCUACGAGCCCCCCGGGCCAGCACCGCUGACGCCCCUCUAGCCCGUGGCGGGCUGGGACUGAGGGGGGCGGGGAGGCUGGGUUUUUAUACGGAAAGAAGAAAAGCCUCGAAGAGGAACAAAGUUUGGGGGAACGCUGGGGGGAGCUCUCUGCGACUCCAGCCCCAGCAGGGGGGGCUGUGGGGGCAGAGUGCAGACUCUUCCCCUCCCCCAGCGCCCCUUCUCCCCCCUCCACUUUAAAAUCACCCCCUUUCUUAACUCUUCGCUGGCAGCCAUCCCCCCCAAAUCCAUUCCCCUAGCACUGGAGCUGGAAAGGGGGGAGGGAGUGGUGGGGGGCCUGGAAAAGUCAGGGGGGACUGAAAAAGGGGGUGCACAUGGAGGGACAGUCUGGAGCAGUGGGGGAGAUUGUGCCCCCCAGAGAAGGUGGGGGGGGCGCGUCUUAAUGCUGUUUGUCAACGUAUCUUGUAAAGAGAAUAAACCUGGUUCCUAGA